AUGUUUAUUGCGCAAAUUGUUGAUGCACAAGAUGAUAUCAUCGAUUUAUUUUCACCCUAUAUGCAUCAUUAUUUUACGGGUAGGCAGAAUUUAACUUUGUAUGAUUCAAAAGCUGGCUAUAAAUGGAAGCAAUGUAUUCGACAAUCUUCCGUUAUUCAUUCCGAACAAAUAUCCGGUUCAAUUAAUCUACAGCAGCGAUACAGUAGUAUUAAUGAAUUAGGUAUAUUCUACUACCAACGAAGUUUCAGUUUUAUUGGUUUUUAA